GAAGCAGCGCUCAGCAGUGACUUGCUAUGGCUGGCGGCCAGCGAUGGAGAUUUUACGCUUCCUAAACAUACCCGGCUCCUCGGUGACUGAAAUGCAGCAAGAGGGACGUUAUAACCCGGCAGUGCUGCAUUGCCUCCAGGGCGUGUCCCAUAAGGGGCACCAAACUCCUCAGCCUUCCAGAGGGGCUUUGCCCUGAAGACAGGCCCCCCUGGGAGGUAGAGGGAAGGGUAAAUGGCUGUAGCUCUCACCAUCAACUCCUUUGAUGGUUACAAACCUUCCUCUAAUUUCAAGCCUAAACUUGUUGAUGGCCAGUUUCUACCCAUUUGUUCUUGUGUCCACAUUGGCACUUACCUUAAAUAACUCCUCUCCCUCCCUGGUAUUUGUCCCUCUGAUGUAUUUAUAGACAGCGAUCACACAACCUUUUGAAUUUUGCAUGCCAGCAAUCUGGUUCCAUUUUGGUUUAAGUGGAACUCAUCCCUCCUGUAUAGACCACUCUCCCUCCAAAAGGUUCCCCAGUUCCUAAUAACCCUAAAUCCCUCCUCCCUGCACCACCAUCUCAUCCACACAUGGAGACCUGCAGCUCUGCCUGUCUGACUGGCCCUGCACGUGGAACUGGGAGCAUUUCCGAGAAUGCUGCCAUGGCGGUCCAGGGCUUCAGUCUCUUACCUAGCAGCCUACAUUUGGCCUCCAGGACCUCUCUCCUACCUAUCCCUAUGUCGUUGUACCUACAUAUACCAUGACCACCGGCUCGUCCUCAGUAAGGUUAUCUAGAUGUCUCAUGAGAUCCACUACCUUUGCACCCAGCGGGCAAUUCACCGUGUGGUUCUCCCAGCCAUCGCAAACCCAACUAUCUAUAUUUCUAAUAAUGAAAUCCCCCAUUGCUAUUGCCUGUUUCUUCCUAAUAAUUGGGGUCGCUGCCCUGGAGGGGUGUUGUCAGUCUGAGAGGAGACCAUGACAUUAUCAGGAAGGUGGAUCCCCUUUGCUGCAGCUUGAUGCUUCCUGCCCCAAGAUUUACCUUCUCCUUAACAGCACCAGGGGCAUUUGCUUCCCAGCUCACAUUACCUGUUCAUGGUAGCGACAUUGGUGUUGGCCCUUGCACCCCACCUGCGGACUACUUACUGCAUGGGGAAUAAGGCAGGUGUCCAUGUGGUUUCUUGCUUACAGUGACAUCAGCAGGGAUGUCACAAUCCACCCGGGCAGAGCCAGGAGGUUAGGAAGCUGUGAGCAGAGGGGCAGCAUGGGGCGGUGCACCAGCUGGCAUGAGUGCUCUGGAUCUGGUCUCUAGACAUUCCCAGCCCCUCUGAGUCUCUGGUCUCUCUGAUCUCCCGGAAGGGACCAGCAUCGGGUUAACCAUGGCUGGAAAGGGACAGGGCCCUGGCGGCAACCCUGCAGCGUUCCAGAUCAUCAAAGUGACCGUGAAGACCUUCAAGGAAAGGGAGGAGUUUGCAGUGUGGGAGAACAGCACCAUCGCCGACUUUCGGGGCGAAAUCGCCAAGCGCUUCCAUGCUCCCACCAACCUGCUCUUCUUGAUCUUUGCUGGGAAAAUUGUGAAUGACCAAGAUACUCUCAGCCAGGCUGGGAUCCAUGAUGGAUUCACCAUCCACCUCGUCAUCAGGCCGCAAACGAGAGCAGACGACCAGCCAGCCACCCUUCCAGCACCAGCCAACAGCGCGUCCCUGGGCAGAGGCCCCCCUGGCUCAGCUGGUCUGGCAGAUCGGAGCAUGCUCGGUGGGAAUGCACCCAGCCUUUUAGGUUUCCUAAAUGAGCUCCAGCAGCUUCUGGUGGUCAACCCCGAAAUGAUCCUACAGAUUCUGGAAAAUCCCUUGGUCCAGAGGGUGCUGUCAAACACCGACCUGAUAACACAGUUCUUAAGGGAACACCCCCUGUUCCAUCAGUUUGUGCAGCAAAAUCCAGGGGUCAGCCACAUCUGGACCAACCCAGCCCUCAUGCGAGAAACGAUCGAGUUCGUUAGGAACGCAGCGAUGAUGCGGGAAAUAUUGAGAAACAGGAGCCAGACUCUGCUGCUGGGUGGAGACAAAGUCUCAUGGCAAAUGCUUGCUGAUACUCCAAAACCAACGCUGAAUGGACCACAGGCGCAGUGUGCAAAUAACCCGUCCCAGAAAAAGCCAUCCCCAGCGGGGGUCAGCCAACCAUCCCACACAGAAAACAGAGACCCUUUGCCGAAUCCGUGGGCCUCUCAGUUUGGUCCCCAGAGUUCCACCCCUCAUCGCAACAGUGGCACUGAGGUUGGGAGUAUUCAUGUCAGCAACAGCCCAAACUGCAGCAUGGGGCAGAGCCCCUGGGUGCCGCCUGGAGGACCUGGAGUCGCAGCUGGGAUGUGUAACCCGCCGGAAGUGCAGAACGCCUUGCAAGCGAUAACCAGGAAUGCCCUGCCUUUCCAGAGCAUGCUAUCUGUCCCCUACAUGAGGAAUAUAAUGCAGACCUUGAGCCAGAACCCCAGUCUCAUUGUGCACUUCAUGCUGAGUAACCCCCGGUUCGCUGGAAUCAUGCAUCCCCAACAAGAAGUAGCGCGGCAGCUCCAAGCUCUCCUCCAGCUGCUGCACAGCCCAGACAUGCUGUUAGUGAUGGCAAACCCGAGAGCUACCAAGGCUCUGUCCCAGAUUCAGCAGGGUUUCCAUACCCUGGGGAUGGAAGUGCUAAGGUUUGCCCAAGGCAGAGCUCCUGGCUCAGGGGCAGCGGGAAGCCCUGCCGAUGGUGGAGAAGUAACUGGAACUGGUUCUGAGCCAUGUGAGAAUGCAAGCCCAGCACCAGGAUCAGCCGAGUCGGGGUGCCAGCUCUGUAACAUUGAGCAAAUCACGCAGGGUCUUGGUCAAGCAAGUCCCCCACUUCCCCAAACUCCAGAAACCCAGUUCCAGCAGCAGCUGGAGCAGCUCUACGUAAUGGGUUUCCUAAACCACGAAGCCAACGUACAAGCUCUGAGAGCAGCUGGAGGAGACGUCAACACUGCGAUUGACAAACUACUGGGCUCCCAGCCAUCCUGGCCAUGUUAGCCAUUCUGGUUUUGCUGAUGGCUCUGAAGACUAAGCUGCUUGGGGAUCUAUCCUUUGGACUCUUGUUACCCUCUCUUGCUAUAAACUAAAGCUGAUCACCAUGCGUCUUGAGCUGUAGUUUUCUUCAAGCAGUGGGGAAUCAAUGCCUCUGAGUUCAAAGCAAGCUUAGGGUGCACUGUGACUAUCAGCGAUCAUUAAUCCAUGAGCAUUGGUCUGUCUGGCCUAUAGCUCUCAAAAAUUAAUUUCCUAUUAAAAUAUUAGC